AUGGAUCAAGCAAUCCAGCAUUUCAAGCUUCUUAUGUAUAUGAAAAAGCCGAAACCUUGGCGUACAAUGAACGAAAACGAUGGGAAUAGAAUGAGCCGUUGUGAAAAAGCACGAAAUGUUGAUAGGAUUUGCAGGCAACUAGUGAUUAACCGUGCUCCGUGCAUCCUCUUGAACUGUUGUACUCCACGAAUCAGUAGAAAGAAAUGCCAUAAAAGGAAAGCUGAACCUCCGUUUUUAAUACGAAGUUGUAUCAGUGGGCAUGAAAAUUGGAGAAGUUAUAAGCAAAGGAUGCAAGAUUGGAUACAAACGAUGAAUCAGAAGAAUUGGAAUAGUCAAUUCAGCUCUUCAUUUGUAAUGAAUCAAAGUCAGAUAUCAUAUGAUGAUAAUCAACUAGAAAAUAUGCCAACUUUUACAGUCGUAUCAACAACUAGUACUGCAUUACUGCGUUCCUUUUAUACCAUUUGGCAUAUUGGACGCAUAUCAAGGAAAUCGUUGAAAACAAAUGAAGAGACUAAAACAGCUUUGAAAGAACUUUCGGUUUCACCAAUAGUCGAAAAAUGUCUGCGAGUAGUGCCAAAAGGUGGUAUUACUGCUGAAGUGAUCGCUGAUAAAUCGCAGUUAUCAAAAAGAGCAUUGCAUACUCUGAGCCGAUGGGCACGAAUGACUGAAGAUGUUGUGCAAGACGGAUACGAAUCUGGAUACGAUGACGAUCCUGUAGAGAUUUGGAAUCGUGCGAUAACUCUUGCUGAUGUGUCAUGCACGAAAAGUGAAUUAAAUGUCACUAAAACUACAGCUGUUGCAACUUCUUUUUCUACCAGUACGGAUAAAGUAACGCCAAGAAGACGACCUAAGAGAUUGCUUAAGUCUGCCAAUAUGAAAGUUUAA